AUGGCAAGCAGCAACAAGAGGGUAUUAUGGAAUCUCUCGUCCAUGAAACAUCCAUCAACCAUUCGGAAAUUCGGAGUAGAGACACAUUCAUUCUUGUUCAACAAAUCAUGCACAUUACGGUUACCUCUCAGGGGUGAUCAUUUUGGAUCUUGUUAUCAUUAUUCAUCAUCAACAAUUCAAAAGAAAACUCGGAAUGAAGAAUUAUCAAUGGCGGCAAAAACAAGUGCUGUAGAUCAUGCAUCAUCAAGUGAAUCAUUACUUCCGAAUAUUAAAAUACCAUCCAAUGUACAAGAACAAAUGAAACAUAAUGAAAUUCAAUUUUAUCAAUUGAUGAAAAAGAAUCAUUAUCGGGAAUUUUCUAACAUUUGGAAAGGAUGUCUCGUGGUAGGCUCUCUCUUUGGAACGCUCAUGCUCUAUUAUUUUUUAAAAACUCCAUCUUCCAUGAUUACAGGUGGUGAAUCGCUUGGCUUUUAUUUAAAUCAAGUACUACAAGAAAAGGAACAAGUCAAUCCUAUAGUGAUUCAAAAUAUUAUGAAAUGGUUGAAACUAAAUAACAGAGAUGGGAUACACAUGAUGGUACAAUCUGGAGCUUUGGAUACCUUGUUGGAUAUUUUAAUGAAAACAAUGGAAAAGUAUAAUAAUAGAAAUCAAGAGAUGAAUGAAAUGGAAAAUUCUUCAAACAUGUUGCAUGAAGUAUUGUCGAUUAUGUACUUGGUUGUAAAAUGUGAUCACAAUCUGCGAGAGAUUAAUUCUGCUCAUCUAAAUUCAGAACAAAGAAAAAAGAUCGAACGUGCAGUAACCGCUUUAUUGAGCAAUGGUUUUAUCACUCCAACGAAUUUACUUGUUAGAAACGAAGAUACCAUUGAAAAUAUUGUGAAUGAUGAAAAAAGAUGGUUACUCUCAACCACACAUACCAAUACUCUCUCUUCAUUGUUAAAAAUUGCCUAUGAAUUAUCUUUACCCAUCUCAAAGAAUGAUUUGGAAAAAACUCUUCAAUUGUUGCAAGAGAGAUCCAAUUUCUUUCAACGUGUGAAAGAUCAUUUUGAGCAAAGAGUGAGCAAAGUUCUCCAAAACAUUGAAAGAGGAAUUGAACCAUCUCAAGAGGAAAAAGAAUACAUGCAAAAAAUAGAGAAUAGAUUUGAAAAUCCUCAUGAACAUGCAGAAUCCUUUUUCUUGAGUGCUCUUCUCUUGAAAUUGAUCAAUGAUCGAGUUAUUUCUCUGGAUGAAAUGAAAUCAAGCCAAUCACUCAUGAAUUUUCUAAGAUCAGAAUUUUAUGGAAAUGGUCAUCUUUCAUUUAUACCUUGUGGUGCGAUAUUACUCAUGAUGGGUGAUAUUUCAAGAAAUUCUCCCUUGAGGACUCGAUUACUCUAUCCUGUUGUGGACGAGAUUGAGAACAAUGUGAACAUUAACCAAUUACGAACAACAUUAAUCCUCGCUCAACAUGACUAUUCUUGCUUGGACAAGAAAAACUUUAGGGAUGAGCUUUCAAGUCUGCGUCCACAAGUCAAAGGCACUUACCUUGAACCAUUUCUUGAAUAUAUCAUUUCUUCACAGUUUGGUUAUGUUGGUGAAGUUGAGCUUUUGCAACAAGAAUCACUACUGUACUCAGCCGUUAAUCAUGAGUCAGGUUGCGGCAUUAGGGAUGUUAACUUGAUGUUUGAGCUCGGUAAUUUACUACUAAAACGACAAGAUCUGGCAAAGGGUUUUGAGAUUUUCUCAAAAAUUCAACAGAGCUUUCCAUUUUAUGCUCCUAUUAAGGGAGUUCUUGGAGGCUUUUGCAUGCCACAAAAUAUCAAAUUAAUGUUGAAUUCGCAACAUAUUGCCAACCAUGUACUAUCUCUCGACAAGUGGGAUGUGUGCUAUAAACUCAGAUUAGAGGUUCAAAAACAAAGUAUGAAAUAA